AUGCCAGAAAUCCAACUCAAACACGUCGUGUCUUGCACCACCGAGGACCCUACUCACAAGGCAGACAACCUGCUGAGCUCUGACACCUACAGAAAGUGGAAAGCAGCAAGACCCGGGGAGAAACAGACAUCAGUCAUUCUGCAGUUCGAGAAGGAGGAGCAGGUGCACAGCAUUGAUAUUGGAAAUGAAGGAUCAGCUUUCAUCGAGGUGCUGGUGGGGAAUUCUUCAGCUGUCAGAGACCAGGACUAUGAGGUUCUUUUGGUCACGUCUUCCUUCAUGUCCCCAACGGAGAGCCGUAACGGCACCAACUUGAACCGGGUGCGUUUCUUUGGGCCCAACCAGCUGCAGAAGAGCACAGCACAGGAGAAGUGGGACCGAGUGAAAAUUGUGUGUAGCCAGCCAUACAGCAAGAACAUAGCGUACGGAGUGGCCUUUGUUAAGUUUCAUUCGCCGCCUGACAAAAAUGAUCCUCCUCCAACAACAUCCCCGAAACUGACAAAGCUGGGACAGUUCAAGGUGAAGGAGGAGCCUCUUUCACCUGCUGCCAGCCUUCAGCCUGGCAGUCUUUUCUUCAGUCGGGACAAUGCAACAAAGUCCAGUACUUCACUCAAAGUGUCUCCUCAGAAUGAGAGGUUGAGUUACGCUGCAGCUGCCCUGCAGGCUGGUGGCAGCUCCCACUCAUCAGGCCAAGCUUCCUCCUCCAGCUCUGCCUCACCACAGCCACCAGCAAAAAGGAAAUUUGAGUUCAGCAAAGCGCGGCAAUCUUCCCCCGGCCCUCCACCCUCGAAGAAAAUAAGCCCCGCUGGCUCACCUGAGGGCAAAGCUGUGACCCCCAAACACAAGGCGAGCCCAGCCAGCACGCCAAGCCCCAGCACUGCGAAAGCUGCCCCGGGGCAGAAGUCUGCUGACAGGAAGCGGGAGAGCCAAUCCAAACCCGAACCCAAACCCAAACAACCGAAACCUAGCGUGCAGCAGGUCCCAUUCAAACGGAUGAUGGAGGGGGUCGUGUUUGUCCUCAGUGGCUUCCAAAACCCCUUCAGAGGGGAGCUGAGGGAAAAGGCUCUGGACAUGGGAGCCAAAUACCGGCCCGACUGGACACCCGACUCCACACACCUCAUCUGUGCCUUCGCUAACACCCCCAAGUACAGCCAGGUGAAAUCAGCAGGGGGCAUCAUCGUACGGAGAGAAUGGAUAAUGGACUGCCAUAAGAGGAAACAGAUGAUCUCCUAUAAACGGUAUUUGAUGGAUGGAGCAGAGUCGAGCUCGGAGAGCGAAAUGGAAGGGGACGACCAGAGUGAAGAGGAAAUCAACAAAAAGACUCCACCGAAGCAGGAGAGACAAGUGACCCCGAAAAAGAUGCCCGAGAAGAAGACUGAAGAUGAUGAGUAUGCCGGCUCCACUGAUGUGGAUGAACCAGGAGACGGUGAUGAUGAGUCUGCGGUGGACACGGAGGACGAGCUGCAGAGGGUGGAGAACGAGAGCAGACAGAAGAAAGCAGCAGUGGGAGGGAAGGUGGUGAAACAGGAGGAUCCAUAUGGGGGAUCGACAGAUGAAAACACAGACGCCGAGGCUGAAGAGGAUCACCCCAUCCCUGAACUACCAGACUUCCUGAAAGGAAAGCAUUUUUUCCUCUACGGUAAAUUCCCUAACAACGAGAGGCGCCUUCUGCUGAGAUACAUCGUUGCCUUUAAUGGACUGAUUGAGGACUACAUGACCGAGAAGGUGCAGUUUGUGGUGACUAGUGAAGGAUGGCACAACUCCUUUGAAGACGCGCUGAUGGAGAACGGCAAUCUGAACUUUGUCAAACCCGCAUGGAUUUAUGCAAUCAAUGAACGACAAAAGAUACUGCCCUACCAACCCUACUCGGUCGUCCCCUGAACUGUAUGAACACGCAAAGCUCGAAAAGGCACUCCCUUCCCUUUCACUCCUUCUCUCAUCUCGAGCCCCCUUUCUGCUCUCUAUCUAAUACUUCUCGCCCUGUUUUGUGCCCGGAGCCACCAGGUCUUCUGCUCUUCAGUCAAGGGGAUUAAAAUGCUCGAAUGUGGACGUGAGACAGGGAGAAAUGGUGGGGUGGUUACAGGGAGAGAAGCUGCAGGAAAGAUGGAGAGGUUUGGAUGCAGUAGCCAACGAUCAGACUAUUUUAUUGUGUACUAUACUAUAUAGUAUUGUAUUUUAAAAGUAUCUUUUCAUAUUCUUAUUGUAAUUUUUCUAUUCUAUAUUUAUGUUCUUGACUGUUGCAGUUCUUUUCUUUAUUUUUUAUUGCCCUAUUAUAUGUUUAUUGUAGACACCAAACAACAAGGCAAAUGCCUUAUAUGUGAAAACCUAUUUGGUAUUUCUCAUUCUGAAGGCAAAUUCACAUGCAUACCAGCAAGUGUGAGGCAUGUUAGUACCACUUACUGUGACCUCGUACCAGGCACUGAUUUGCUUUUCAUAAUAUGGAGAGAGCACGGUCAAAUCCAUUUAGUUCUGGAAGCAGGAAAAUUUACAGCAGCUAACUGCAUUCUUGAUACAAUGUCAUAUUUCAUCGAAAUGCCCAUCUGUUGUCAAGAUGACAGAAAGGGUGGGCUGCUUUCAAAAUGUCCCAUAUGACAAGUCGACUUUGUUCAAACGGCACACCUUGAUCUCUUCUAGUCAGAUUUAUUCUGUGCUCUUUGCAUUUUUAUGUCUCCUGUGAAUCUUAGCGGUAACCUUGGCUGACUGCUAAGAUAGCCAAACAUUGUCUGACUCUGUAGUUGUAAUGUUAAUUUAUGUGUGCUCAAAUUGUUUUUAUUAUCAGAUUGUAGUUCUUUAGUCAUGUUUUCCCUUUCUUCUUUCUAUGUUCUUCUGACAGUACAGACUUGGAGGGGAUGAAUACUUUACUAAUGUAAUUUGUAUUUUUGUACUGUGGAUAAUUUU